GAUGUCAUUAUGCAGCACUAUGGGGUGAACGGCUACUCGCUGCAUGCUAUGAACUCACUCAGCGCCAUGUACAACCUGCACCAGCAGGCAGCCCAGCAAGCCCAGCAUGCCCCGGACUACCGGCCAUCGGUGCACGCUCUUACACUGGCUGAGCGCCUGGCUGACAUCAUCUUGGAGGCCCGCUAUGGCUCCCAGCACCGCAAACAGCGACGCAGCCGCACAGCGUUCACGGCUCAGCAGUUGGAGGCCCUGGAAAAGACCUUCCAGAAGACUCAUUACCCAGAUGUGGUGAUGCGUGAGAGGCUGGCCAUGUGCACCAACCUGCCUGAGGCCCGGGUGCAGGUGUGGUUCAAGAACCGCAGGGCCAAGUUUCGCAAGAAGCAGCGCAGCCUGCAGAAAGAACAGCUCCAGAAGCAGAAGGAGGCUGAGGGCUCCCAUGGGGAAGGCAAGACAGAGGCCCCAACCCCAGACACCCAGCUGGAGAUGGACCAGCCCUCCAGCCUGCCGGGUGGCGAUGCCCCUGCUGAGCUUCACCUGAGCCUGUCUGAGCAGUCGGCCAGUGAGUCAGCCCCUGAGGACCAGCCGGACCGUGAGGAAGACCCCAGGGCUGGGACCGAAGAUCCCAAAGCUGAGAAGAGCCCUGGGGCUGAGAGCAAGGGGCUGGGCUGCAAGAGGGGCAGCCCCAAGGCAGAUUCCCCAGGCAGCCUGGCCAUAGCUCCUGCAGCCCCAGGGGGUGGCCUUCUUGGCCCCUCCCACUCCUACUCCUCCUCCCCGCUGAGCCUCUUCCGUCUGCAGGAGCAGUUUCGCCAGCACAUGGCGGCCACUAACAACCUGGUGCACUACUCAUCGUUUGAAGUGGGGGGCCCAGCCCCUGCCGCUGCUGCCGCCGCUGCUGCAGUGCCCUACCUGGGCGUCAACAUGGCCCCGCUGGGCUCACUACACUGCCAGUCCUACUACCAGUCCCUGUCAGCAGCCGCUGCUGCCCACCAGGGUGUGUGGGGAUCCCCACUGCUGCCUGCACCCCCAGCAGGCCUGGCACCUGCCUCGGCUGCCCUGAACAGUAAAACCACAAGUAUCGAGAACCUGCGGCUCAGGGCCAAGCAGCACGCGGCCUCCCUGGGACUCGAUACGCUGCCCAACUGACUGUCCGGCCUCCCACCCAGCCAGGGGUCUUGGGUGCCUCUUUCCCAGCCCCAUGGUUAUUCCCAGAAGGCUCUCUAGGAGUUAAUUUUGGGAGCCCAGGAAUCCUGGGGUCUGGAAGUCUCUCCCUGUCCCCUUCCUCAGAGCCCCAGGUGAAAACUACAUCCCUCUGCAUGGCCCUGCUUGGACCCCAUGGAGGCCAAAUGGGGAGGUGGUGAGAGGCUGGCUAGAUCCCCUUCUCAGUAUGGCCUCCUCCUUCCCUUCCCUCCCCUUCUGCCCCCUAGUCAGUUGAUGUGUGGAAUGUGAGAUAUAAAUAUAAAUAUAUAAAGCUAUAUUUUCAGGCACUGCCUGCCCCAGGUCCCCUGUCCCCUCCUAUCUCUUCUCCACUGCCACCCUUGCCUCCACCUACAGCUUCUGCACUCACUCCAGCCUUCCUCUUCUCUCCCUUCCUUGGAAGCUCCCUUGAUCUCUCUGUCCCUGCCCCUCUGUCUUGCCCACUCUGGUCUCCCUCUCAUGUCUGUCCCCCCUGGUGCUGGCUGUGUUGGUGUCCACAGUUCUCAAGCUGUGUCUCGUGGUCUUUUUAGUUUUAGUAAUUCUGCUUCUUCCCAUCUCUCUCGUCCUCUUCUCCCUCCUUACUUCUUCCCUGCCUGCCCCUGUCUCCUUCCCAGACUUGUACCCUCUCUAGGCAACAAUUCCAUUUCAUGCCCAAAUAGGCAACAAAGCCCUCAUUGGAGACCCUGGAGUGGCGGGCAGGAGGUAGCCCUGGCCUCACAAACCUCCUCCCCAGGUCUGACAUCUGGAAGGCUACAAGAGCCAUUUUCUCUUCUCAGUUUGGAGGUCCCACCCAGAUCCAGGAGGGAGUGGAGGCAGGAUGCAGGCUAGGUGGGCAGUAGAAUAGACAGCAUGCCUUCCUGUGCAUCCUCCAAGGCCCGAGGCUGGGGUCAGUAAUGGUCACCAGGUCUGACCAGGGCUCUGGAACCCUCUUUGGUAAGAUUUUUCCUGAUUGGAAGGAGGUGGUG